ACGAUGCGGCUAGUUUUGUGUCUGUGGGUAACCAGUUGUGUGUGGAAGUGAGACGAGAGCACGGAUUGGAUUGGUGUUCUUGUGUGAUUUUUGAUAUUUUCCACCAAUAAUUGCAUUGCUAACGAGCUGAAAAAAAGAAGAAAGAAGAAGGCUCGUAUUUGGAUUAUUGCCUUUAUAUGAGGGCAAAUAAAAAUGGGGCGGCGAACAUGUGGAAUCGAUCCUUGGUGAAUUAACAAUGUUUACUUAAGUAUCCAUUCUUUAUUACUGGCUAUUAUAUUCUGAGGAUUUUUUUAAUUGCCGUGGGAGGCGAGUUGUCGCGGCUUGAAAGGAUGGAUCAGGCACGUAUCCUGAGGAAGUUCAUUCAGGAGGUUGGAGCCAUGCUAGCCGGGGACCAAAGAGGAGAGGAUAACUUCGGCGGCGACUUCAUGAAACUGCGAAGAUUAUCCGCCAAGUACAGGACGGAAAAGAUUUUUUCCACCAACGCUGGAGAAAAAGAAGAGAAUGUGAGAAAGAACCGAUACAAGGACAUUCUGCCAUUUGACCACAGCAGGGUUAAGGUGUCGUUAAAAACCUCCAAUCAAGACAUGGAUUACGUCAAUGCCAACUUCAUUAAGGGCACAGGGGGCUCCCGGGCCUAUAUUGCCACUCAGGGACCCCUGCCCAACACCAUCCUGGACUUCUGGAGGAUGAACUGGGAAUACAAAGUGGCAAUUAUCGUAAUGGCGUGCCGAGAGUUUGAGAUGGGAAGGAAAAAAUGUGAGCGGUAUUUCCCCCUGUUCGGCGAUGACCCUUUAACCUUUGGACCAUUCAAGAUCUCCUGUGAAUCAGAACAGGCCAGAACUGACUACAUCAUCAGGACGCUGUCGGUGGAGUAUCAGAACGAGAUGCGCAGGGUGACACAGUUUCACUACAUCAACUGGCCCGACCACGACGUUCCGUCGUCGUUCGACUCCAUCCUGGACAUGAUCGGGCUGAUGAGGGAGUACCAGGAACACGAGGAUGUGCCAAUCUGCAUUCACUGCAGCGCGGGCUGCGGUCGAACUGGAGCCAUCUGUGCCAUAGACUAUACGUGGAACCUGCUGAAGGCCGGAAAAAUUCCAGAAGACUUCGAUGUGUUCCAGGUAAUCCAGGAGAUGAGGACACAGAGACAUUCGGCUGUGCAGACCAAGGAGCAGUAUGAACUCGUCCACAGGGCCAUUGCUCAGCUCUUCGAGCAGCGGUUGCAUUUUCUCAAGACCCCCAUCGACGCAGACGUCCCAGACGGCAUGGAUGAAGGCAGCCCGGAGAAAACGGGUCAGAACUCUGACGAAGAGAGCUGGGACUCUCCCCCGCCUAAGCCACCCCGUAUCCGCAGUAGCUGCCAGAUGGAGGGAGACGUGAAGGAGGAAAUCCUGCAGGCCCCGGAGCCUCGGCCGGUCCCACCCAUCCUCACCCCGUCUCCCCCCUCUGCCUUCCCCACCGUCACGGAUGUGCGGCAGGACAACGACCGCUACCACCCCAAACCUUUGCUACAUGUCAUGUCGUCAUCGUCGGGCCAGAGUCCUGACCUGAACGAGAACUACAGCAAGGGUCCCGGAGGUGUGGCCGGCCGCCGCGAGGAGGGGGUCCCUGGCUUUGAGGAGCGACCGGAGUGUGGGUCGGAGCCGCCGCUGUGGGAGGGCCCGCGGGUCUUUGAGGGGAACGGCACAGCGCAGGCUCUCAGCGCCGCACCAUUGAUCCCGGUCGCAUCCGUGCCCGCACUCUCCCCGAGCCAGGACUCCCGGCCCGAGGGCGAGCCCGGCAUCCUGGCCCGACCCAAUCAUCUCCCGCUCCGCGAGAAGGGGCAGGCGGCCUGGGGGGGCACGACCUCCGUAGAGAAGGCGCCUUCCCCAGCCCGGCAGGUCCACAGUAGCCCUCACAGGACUGCACUCUGCUUCACCAACCCGUUGCAUGUGAAUAACUCAGACUCUGAGGGCGAAGGUGUGAGGGUGACUUCUUCCUGCUCGUUGUCAUCAUCGUCAUCGUCAUCGUCCACCCCAUCCCCCAUCUCCUCCUCGACCGGCACCAAGGCGGCGCCCCAUGGGAAGUCCACGGCCAUCUCCACCGCCAGUGCUACUGUCACUGUCACAAGCCCGGGGGACCCAGUGCCUCAGCGGAAGGUCACCCCCAUGUCCAUCGCUGGACAGGAACUGCCCGUGGAGGUGGAAUCAAACUGGGACUUGAGUGAGGACUCUCCUCCCCCGCUGCCUCUGAGAACCCCCGAGUCGUUCAUUUUGGCAUCAGAUGACCCCGGUCCGAAGGCCUCCAGGUGUGGAAGCUCGGUGGAAUGGGACGGUUCCCUGACCCUGCCUGGCCCAGAAACCAGGUCCUCUGAGGGCUCACGAGUGCCACAGAAAGUGAGGAAUGACAAUUUGACAGGGGAACAAGAUGGGAGGAAGACUGGUGUGGAUGGAGAUGUACACCUUGCCAACACGGGGAGAACCGUGGGUGCAGCGAUUUCGCCAGUAAGAGAGAGAGACAUUAGCAACCGCUGCCCGAAACCCAAAGGCCCCCAGAACCCCCCCGCAGAAUGGACAUGAUGACUGGAACCCCAAGCCUCCACAUUUUCAAGUGCCACUGUAUUAGGAGGAAUGCGGUCUCUUAGAUUCCAUUCUGCAAUCGCGUCCCUUUUCCUACUAACUGACGCCAUCUCGAGCCACGUGUCGAUCUUUCCCACAGUGCGACAGUCCAUAUCCUGCUGUACUUGUGCUGCUUGUCAGGGGUUUCCUACUCCGGUGCUAAGUCCAGACAUCACUGAGACCACUAACCUGCCUUAUUCUAUUUUUACUUAAAGAACUACAUGUGGACAAUAAUGCAGAAUCCCCCCUCCCCCCUUCCAUCACUCUUAGGCUUGUGUUAAUCUGGUACAGUAAGAUGUAUUCAUUGGGACGGCGGACUACUGUUUUUUCUGACUUCUUGAUAGCUCUGUAUGCAUUUUGUAAGUGUACAGAGCAAGUAGGUAUAUAAUUUGACAUUCUGCUGUUGCUAAAUAGUCUCAUUAACAGAAGAUGUAAAAAUUCCUUGCAUGAUCAGGAACCCUUUGUAUCUUUUACUGUAAAUUAUUCACCCUUCUGGUCUAGUGUGUUUGUUUUUUUAUAAACUGCUGGAUGUGCGGAGACAGUAUGGGAUCAAGAUUGUAACAAAUCGUUUUACAUUUUCUUUUUGUAAAUCGUCUGUUAAAGGUUAUUUUUGUAUAAUGUGCUGGUUUUACCCCUUCGCUCCGUGCCCCCUGCCCCCUGCCCCCAACACUCUGCUGUACUGCUAGCCUUGGAGCCCACCGGUGCCUUUGGAGAAUCCUGGGAUUCCCGCUUUAAGCUCUGACGAUCCCCCCCCCACCACAAAGACUUGCCCGUCAUGACAUGGGAACCAGUCAAGUCCUCCAGUAAAACAAUGUUGGCAGCGGA